GGGGAGAGGGAGGUGGUUAAUAGAGUUGAUUUCGGGUCUCAUGCAUUCCAUCAAGAAAAAUUCUGCAAGCUUUUAAAUGUAAGCUAAACAAUUGGGGAAAAUUGUACCAGUCGGAUAGUUAUUAUAAUUACCGAAAGGGGGGGGGAGAUAAUAGUUCAUCUCUACACCAUGUAAAUCAUUUAUCUCCAUCCCCCCCCUUAGGUACUUCUUUCUUAAUGUGUCCAAAUCAACAUUUUUGCUAUAAAAUGAACAGCUUUCUUAAGUCUGUUUUCACACCAAGUUGUGUUUAAGAAAAAUAAAUACAAGCAGCCUCAUCCUUUAAGUAUCAGGAAUUACAUUAUUCUGGAAAUUGGGUUUCUUUCUGAAGUGCUUCAGUUAUUGGUUCUAGCCUUAAAAAAAAAAAAAAAUCCGUAGAGACAUAAUAACAGUGGAUAUCUGGUUUGCUAAUAUGUGGUGUUCCAGCCAAAACUCAUGAUGGAGUGAGUUGGAAGGGAAGGAUUAUGAUGGCUUUUAGCAUUCUCAUUUUCAGGGCUGAUCUGUCCCUUUCUCAGACCCCGUUUCUCAUCUGAAGCAGUAAUGCCAGAGCUGGAGACAGGAAACCAGACAGCAGUCUGCCCUGAUAAGGGAGGGCAUUGUCUAAGGGAGGUAGCCCUGCUUUCCCCUCCUCAACUCUCCUUCUUGAAAUUUAGUAGUAAUAAAAGGGACACAAUGCUUAUAGACACAGUUUCUGAACCAGAACUAGGACUGUUUUUUCCAAAGCAAAAAAAAAAUACGACAUAUGUAUGUCUAUGUAUAUGUGUGCCUUUUAACUAGCUCUGAACUUUUUCUGGAAUGUCACCGUAGUUUAAUGGCACAUUAGAAAAACUGAUCAGUAUAUUUUAUAUCUAUUGGUCAGAGUAUUUAAUAGUAAGUUUCUCUAGCAAAGCAGGUUCCUAGAGCUAUUGGAAACUCAUUCCAUUGUGUGGGCAGGCCGAAUACAUUAUCAUUUCCCCCAUCUCAUUAUUAAGGGGAGCUGGAGACCGAAUGUAGUAAGCUAAGUGGCCCUUCAGCCCCAUGCAUUCCGUGUAACCCUGGGUCUAACUCUUACCCUCUUCUGGGAAGGGGGUGCUGCAUGAGAUGGCCCCGUUGCAGGAGGACCCUGAAGAGCCCAGCUCAGUCUGGGACAUGCCCAAGAUGGUUGCCAAUCUCUGGAAGGCCUGGGGCUCUCCAGGGAUGGCCUGGAGCUAGUCUCAACCCAGAUCAGUGGAGUUUGGUCAAAUCCAGACAGAAGAGAUCCGGCAACACUGAGGUCAGCGCAUUCUACCCUGGAGAGCGACCUGUGAUCCAGUGUGGGGUUUUUCUCCAUUGGCCUAUAGGCUCUUCGUUUCUCCUAACUGCUGUUCUCUGAGUCUAAUCGGUGAAAUCCACUGCUCUGUUUGUUCUUGCACUUUACACCCUGGUACCUUCCAAAGCUUUGUACCCCAAAACCGCUUACAUUAGUAAGUUCAAGUUCCUGUUCCACUUAGUUCUCCAAACAAGGGUGUUUUGUCUCCCAAGCCUCCCCAGUAAAGUUUUCACAUUUACUUUGUGUUUCAGGUUUUAGAAGAUGACUUUCAGGCUAGCUCCACUGGCCCCUGGGCAGAUUUUCCUUGUGUGACCCCUGUUGUACAGUCAUUCUGAGGCCCCGACCUUCAUUUUAUCCCAGCAUGUAAGAAGGAUAGUUUGACAUCCAUUCAUGAAUUCAUCUCGCAAGUAUUUAUUGAGCACCUGCUCAUUAGAGCUAAUCUAAGAUUGCGUGCAGUCAUUAUUCUCAGUUAUGCCACGGGAUAGGUCCAGAGUGAUCUCACCUGAAAAGCCAUUUGGAAAUCAUAAUUGUCCGCUGGAACCUCCCCAUGGCAUUACCUCCCAUGGGCCAGUGUGGCAGCACUCUGGUCCCACACCCCCAGCCCUGGGGGGGGUAACUCAAGUAUAAGAUGAUUUUACUUCAUAGUGGGUCCCACAGCACAGAGUGGAGCAGAACAGAAAGAGCCCUGGGUCUGCAGCAGACACACUUCUGUCCUUGGCUGCAACUCCAGCCAGCUCUGAAUUUGGGCAAGUCGUUUCACCUCUGUUCCUCCAUUUCCUUAUUUCUAAAAUGGGGACUAGGAUCUGACCCUUGCACCUUUGUGCAGUUAUUAUGAGGAUUUCCGUAUUUCCUUGGGUGUAGCUGCCAGUUUUUUCUGAGCAGUUUUAUGGACCAGUUGCAGGUGCGUUGGCCAGGAAGAAUAAUCGCCUAAUUUGGGGCCUUCAGAAUGUGUCUUUUGAUGUUGCAUCCAAGUGUGCACUAAGACAGGGGAGACAUCAGGGACCAGUGGGGAGGAGUUGAAGUCACCACUGCUGUAAAUACACUGCCCCUGGGUCCAGAUCCCCGAAUGACAGACCUGUCUGCAGAACUCUCCAUCCCACUCUUGCUGUAUGUUGUCCCAUGCUGGCGGGGGUGGGGGGCGAGGAUGACAACAGAGUAGAGUGUCACGUCCACCACCAGAGGUCAGACUACUUUGGGUUCAAAUCCCAGCUCUACAAUUUUAACGGCUGUGUGAUCUCGGACAGAGUAAUUUACCUCUCUGUUUUGGUAUUCUCAUCAGUAAAAUGGGAAGGUGGUACCUCCCCGCCUCAUAAGAAUGAAAUGACACAGUGCAUGGAAAGAACCGCACCUGGAGAGUGCCAGUAGGAAACCUGUGACAUCACUGAGCCCCUGGCUUUCCUUGGUCAAUAGAAGUAGCCUUAAAACAAACUUAGUGCUUGUUACACACAGACACACACACACACCCCUUGAAGUUGCCUCUUUUUUUUCUCUCUUGCUUUCUUUUUUUUCCCCCUAUUUUAGGUUUUAAAACAGAAUAGAGACCUUGACACUAGACUUGUUUAGAAGAUCUCUCUGGGUGGGUAAGAAAAAAACUCUGAGGAUGACACUAAUAAGGUCUCUGGAGGACCCGGAACAGGCAAGGUUAAAGUUAGGAGCAUACCUUUUUUUGAGGAAGUUUGGUUUAAUAGGUUUCCUUUAGGUGAGCCCCCCUCACCCCUAUUACUUAUUUAAGGGAGAUUACAAGUGCAUUCGAAGGGAAAGGGAAGUGACCGUGGGACUCCUGCGGGCUCAGUGCUUUUAUAUUCACUCCUUUUGCCUGGCAGAAACCCGGCUUCGUGGACCUGCCUGAUCUCCUUUGGGGAGCAGGGAGGGAGCCCCUCUAAGGAGGUGUAAAGCAUGCCUGUCCUCAGGUGCUCCAGUCUGGGUGGUGGUCCUGGGCAGACCGUUUGUAAUGUAGAGAGGCCCAGCCUAUCUAGGUAAGGAGAGGCGGCCUCAGCUCGGCCAGGGAGCAAUCAGCUGGCUGCCCGGAGUGGGGAGGGCCUUGAGCUGGUCUUUGAAGAAUUAGGAGGAUUUAGAUAAGCCGGAAGGGGAUGGGCAUUCCACGCCGGUUGCCCAGCAUCAGGGCCAAAAAUGAACAAAGGCGUGGGGGGUGCAGGGGGAAACAGGGCAGCCAGCGUGGAGGGCGCCUGGCGGAGGAGGGGGCAGCUGGUAGGAAAAGGGGCGCCGAGCAUGGCACUUGAACCCACUCUGCAAGCCCUGGGGGUCCCGUUGGAGGAAGGUUUGGGAGCUUGGGAAGAACUAGCUGAGAAGAGGACUUUGAGAAAUGGAGGUGGGGGGGUGUCAGGAUGGAUUGGAGGGCCAAGGGGUAGACAUGGGGAGACCAGUGGAGGGGAGACCCCCGUAACACAGUCUUGAGGCACGGAGGGCCUGGCCCCCUGGUGGCAGUAAUAGAAACGGAGAGAAAAAUUGGGGAGGAAGGCUUAAAAGAUGACCUCUAGGUUUCCAUGGUGAAUGACCAGAGGUAACACAAAUUGUGGAGGGCGGGGGAGGGGGGGCAGCCUUUUGGGGACGGGAGCGAGGCGGAGGAUUUGGGUUUGGGACAUGUUGGAUUAAUUCUCUUACAUAGCAGUGGUGCAGAAUGCUUUCUGUUUGUUUACUUUUGCAGGGAGAGGGCAGCAUUAGCUCACAGCUCCCCCUCCAGAGGCUCUGUGGCUCUCAGAUAAACUUUUAAUGGAGCAUCCUCAGGAGCCGGGGGAAAUACCACCACUCCUUUUUGUUUAUUUUCGAGGUCCCAGCCAUCGCUGCUCAGGCCGGAAUUUCCAGGAACUGGCAGCUGACCGGAGCCAGUGGGUCCCUCCCAGCCUCCCACUCCCUGCAGGGCGGGGCCGCAUGGGUGGAGGCCCCUUCGGGUGGAGUGGGGUGGGGUGGGUCUCCAGUGAUAGGGCACCCCGCAGAGAGGCAGCAGAGGAAGCGGCCUCACGCAGCCCUUCUGGGUCCGAUUCUAUAACACUUCACAGAAGGAGACUGAGGGCUGAGACACGUACACAGCCGGAGUACACAUUAGGGGUGCUUUUCAAUUGAGUUGGGGUGGCUGGCCCCUAAAACUAAAAUACAAGAUGGUCAGCGUGAAGGAGGAAACCGGGUCUGGCACCUUAGUAGGGAAAAUGAUUAGUGUUCGCUAAAAUUUCUCUCAGAAAGAAGCGGUAGGCCACGGACUAGGUGGCAUUGAACUUGAGAGUUUACUAAAGGGUAUGGGUUUGGGUCUCCCCGCCCCCAUCCCUGCUCUGCUGGGCCCCAGUCUGGAACUGUGUAGGGAGUUUGCUUGGUGGUUACCUUUGCACCUGUCCUUAUUUACAUGCAAAAUCAAUUGCUUCACUUGGUCUUUCCGAAGUACAGGGUGUGGGCAGAAUCUUAUCUGAAGCCAUGUCCUGUUUGGACAAGUUGGACUGCCUUGGCCAGUCUCCAUAGGGUGGAGCAGAUGGGUGGAGGCAGGAAAGUAAAAUUGGGUGGCUUGUUAGCUGAGAGAGGAGAGAGGGCGGAUUGUUUGCUCACAGAUCAUUAUAUUUAAUCUGAAACUAAAUAAUUAACUUCUUUCCCAUUUACAAAACAUUUCGAUGCAAAAUAACUACUUUAUGAGGGGCAGAGAUUUAGACGUGUUCCGUGGAGUUUUUUUCCUUUCAAACCAACAACAGAAGACGGAGGUAGGAGAAGAUCACCGAGUGACAUGAAAGCGAGCUGCCUUUCCAGGCCAAACACCAGAGCACCCUAGAAAGCAUAAUUAAAAGAAUGCUCAUGUUUGACCCAGUCCCUGUCAAGCAAGAGGCCAUGGACCCUGUCUCGGUGUCAUACCCAUCAAAUUACAUGGAGUCAAUGAAGCCCAACAAGUACGGCGUCAUCUACUCCACACCGUUAUCUGAUAAGUUCUUCCAGACCCCGGAAGGCCUGUCACACGGGAUGCAGAUGGAGCCGGUGGACCUCACCGUGAACAAGCGGAGCUCGCCGCCCUCUGCCGGGAACUCCCCCUCCUCCCUGAAGUUCCAGCCCUCGCACCGGAGGGCUUCGCCGGGGCUGAGCCUGCCCUCGUCCAGCCCGCCUGGGAAGAAGUACUCCCCGCCUCCUCCACCAGGCGUGCAGCCCUUCAGCGUGCCGCUCUCCAUGCCGCCCGUGAUGGCCGCGGCCCUCUCCCGCCACGGCAUCCGGAGCCCGGGCAUCCUGCCCGUCAUCCAGCCCGUCGUCGUGCAGCCCGUCCCCUUCAUGUACACCAGCCACCUCCAGCAGCCGCUCAUGGUCUCCUUGUCGGAUGAGAUGGAAAAUUCCAGCAGUAGCAUGCAAGUACCUGUAAUUGAAUCAUAUGAGAAGCCUAUAUUACAGAAGAAAAUUAAAAUAGAACCUGGGAUUGAACCACAGAGGACAGAUUAUUAUCCUGAAGAAAUGUCGCCCCCUUUAAUGAACUCAGUGUCCCCCCCGCAAGCAUUGUUGCAAGAGAAUCACCCUUCAGUCAUCGUGCAGCCUGGGAAGAGACCUUUACCUGUGGAAUCUCCAGACACCCAGAGGAAGCGGAGGAUACACAGAUGUGAUUAUGACGGAUGCAACAAAGUAUACACUAAAAGCUCUCACUUGAAAGCACACAGAAGAACACAUACAGGAGAAAAACCCUACAAAUGUACAUGGGAAGGAUGCACAUGGAAAUUUGCUCGGUCUGAUGAACUCACAAGACAUUUCCGAAAACAUACUGGAAUCAAACCUUUCCAGUGUCCAGACUGUGACCGCAGCUUCUCCCGCUCCGACCACCUUGCCCUCCAUAGGAAACGCCACAUGCUCGUUUGAAUGCCUCCAUCUCCCCGCCUCAGCGUGGCUCCCACUCUCCCAGCUCUCUCUCUGUCCUCCCUCCCAUUAUCUAACUCAUUUUUUUACAUGUACAUUUUAAUUUUGAUUCAGCUGGUCUGAAUCUCUGAAUUUAUAUCAUUCAAACUUCCAUAUGGUCAGUAGUAAAUAAUCUCUAAUCCUCCCUCUCCUUACCACGGGUCAGACCUAAAGAAUGUGAACACUUUUUUUUUUUUUUUUUUUUUUCCGGGGAUGCUAAGCAAACCCUUCUUAGAGAUAUGUUUAAUGUAAUGAGAACAAGGGAACAUGUAAACUAACAUAACCAAUUGUCGGUUUCUCCAUGUAAUCCUCAAAAGAAUGUCAAAGUAAAUGUAUUAGAAAUAC